AAUAUUCUCUUUCUUGGACAUAGUUACAUUGUGUCGGUGUGCACAAGUUUCCAAGGCAUGGAAUGUUUUAGCUCUGGAUGGAAGCAACUGGCAAAGAAUAGACCUUUUUAACUUUCAAACAGAUAUAGAGGGUCGUGUUGUGGAAAAUAUAUCGAAAAGGUGUGGUGGGUUCCUGAGACAACUUAGUCUGAGGGGAUGUCUUGGUGUUGGAGACUCCUCUUUGAAGACCUUUGCACAGAACUGCAGAAACAUCGAACACUUAAAUCUCAAUGGGUGCACCAAAAUCACUGACAGCACGUGUUACAGUCUUAGCAGAUUCUGUUCCAAGCUGAAACAUCUGGAUCUGACAUCUUGUGUAGCCAUCACAAACAGCUCUUUGAAAGGCUUAAGUGAGGGUUGCAGAAAUCUGGAACAUUUGAAUCUUUCCUGGUGUGAUCAGAUUACGAAGGAUGGUAUUGAAGCACUGGUGAAAGGGUGUAGUGGACUAAAAGCUCUAUUUCUUAGAGGUUGCACACAGCUAGAAGAUGAAGCAUUGAAACACAUUCAGAAUCACUGUCAUGAACUUGUAAUCCUGAAUUUGCAAUCCUGUACACAAAUAUCAGAUGAAGGCAUUGUAAAAAUCUGCAGAGGAUGCCACAGACUUCAGUCCCUCUGUGUUUCAGGCUGUAGCAACCUCACAGAUGCUUCUCUCACUGCACUUGGCCUCAACUGCCCAAGGCUGAAGAUUUUGGAAGCUGCAAGAUGUUCCCACCUGACAGAUGCUGGGUUCACCCUUUUAGCACGGAAUUGCCACGAGCUGGAGAAGAUGGAUUUGGAAGAGUGUGUUUUGAUAACUGACAGCACGUUGAUACAACUGUCUAUACACUGCCCGAAGCUACAAGCACUGAGCUUAUCUCACUGUGAACUGAUCACGGAUGAUGGGAUCCUUCAUCUGAGCAACAGUACGUGUGGUCACGAGAGGCUGCAGGUGCUGGAGCUGGACAACUGUCUGCUCAUCACUGACGUGACUCUGGAACACCUGGAGAACUGCCACAACCUGGAGAGAAUUGAGCUGUACGACUGCCAGCAGGUCACACGAGCUGGAAUCAAGCGCAUCAGGGCUCACCUACCUCACGUGAAGGUUCACGCCUACUUCGCCCCGGUGACCCCCCCGCCCUCGGUGGGGGGCGGCGGCCAGCGGCUCUGCAGGUGCUGCAUCCUGCUCUGA